GGGUUUACAGCUGCUGAUCCAGCACAGUGGAGGCAAACAUACAGCAGAUUAAAGGCUAAAAGACGUCUGUUGUUGUCGUUUACAGGAUGUUCAAGUUAGUGCUGCUGCUCCUGACACUGUCAGGCCUCCAGGCUGCCCCACUUGCAGUCCGUAGACGUUUGCAGAAGACAUCUUUGACCUACCGGCUCCCCGAUGGCUUCCGACAGGGCACCGAACACGCCGACAUCCACGAACCUGUUCCCAGUGGUUUCCGACAAGGUACCGAGCCCUCCAGAAGAUUCAUUGUUGACCUCAACACCGGCCUAGUGCAAGAACACAUCAGUGAGAUGGACAGGAGAGCUUUCAUCCAUCCUUCUGGAUUUGGAGAGAUGGGGAGAAGACACUGGUUGACAGAUGAGGUACCUGUUGAUGUUCGAGCACAGAAGAAUGGCGGUGGUUGGGUUCGCGUAGAAGAACCCUCUGCUCCUCGUCUACCAGAUGGUUUUAGACAGGGAACUGAACCCAGGAUGUCUAUCCCAGAUGGUUUUAGACAGGGAACUGGACCCAUGGGAUGUUCAAUCCCAGAUGGUUUUAAGACAGGGAACUGA